AUGGAUGCUCAGGCACUCGCGACAGUUCUAAAAGAGUUCUCAUUAGCAAAUCAAGAAUUUUUUGAGAAAAUAUUAAACAAAAAUGAAGAAGUAUUGAGAAGCGUAAUUAACGGGAAAAAAUCCGCUAAUUCAACUCCAACCUUUCGACGGUUUGAGAAAAAUGUUGAAAAGUGGUCGAUAUAUAUUCAGCAGAUGCAUCAACAUUUUGUGGCACAUCAAGUGAAAGACGAUGUAUUAAAACGCGCAUGUUUCCUUUCGUGGAUAGGUACAGAGACAUUUGAACUUAUUCAAAAGUUAUGUGACAAUAAUAUAGAGAAUAAGUCUUUUGGUGAACUACUAGCAAAAUUGGAUAAUCAUUUUGAGGAAAAACAGCAUAUAUUAGCAGCACGUUUUAAAUUUCAUUUAAUACGAAUGAAAGCAAAUCAAUCAUAUGCUGAGUGGGUGGCAGAACUGCGUGGUGCGGCUAAAGAGUGCAUGUUCUUAUGUACUAGUGAAACUUGCCAGCAAUCGUUUAUAGAUAAUUGUAUACGAGUUAUGGUUGUGAUACACACACCACACGAUAAAGUCCGUAGUGCCGCGUUGCAGAAAACAAACCCAUCGCUAGAGGAAGUACUGCAGAUAGCAGCAAUAUAUGAAGCAACGGUUAAAACUUGUAACGAAGUUAGAGGUGAAGAAAUCAGUCAAACAGUUAAUGAAGUUAAUCACAGUUCAAGUAAGAAAGUUAAACAGAAUCGAAGUAAUAUUAAGUCCCGAAAUUCAGUGAAGGGAGGACAAUCGUGUCCAGCUUGUGGGAAAGCACAUCAAAGAAAUCAAUGUUAUCAUUACAAGAACAAAACAAAGUGUCGGUUAUGUACAAAGCAAGGUCAUAUUGCUGCAGUUUGUCAAUCAGCAGUGACAGGUAUUCAGCAGAAUUCUAAUUUUAAAAUUCGAAGACAGGAACAAAAUAGAGCAAGAGAUGUAUAUUCUAUGAGUGAUGUUUCAUUUGAGUCAAUUAAUGCGAAUGAAACAACGGAAGUUAAAUCAGUUGAUUCGCAACUUAGUUCAUCUAAAAUUUUCGUUGACCUCAAUAUAAAUAACGAAAUUUUAACAUUUCAAGUAGAUACUGGUGCAACAUGUUCCUUAAUUGGUUUGGCGGCAUAUAAACAACUGGGUAGACCUAGUUGUGGGCCUACGAAUAAAGUUCUGAGAGCGUAUGGAGGAGCUGUUAUUUUUCUUAAGGGUUCUCUCAGAGUAAAUGUCAAGUAUGGAAAAAUUACUCGAAGCCUUGAGAUACUUGUAGUUAACGAUGAAUAUGUUACUAACAUACUGGGAUUGGAUUUGUUUACAGUAUUAAAUUUCAAACUGCAGUUACCUGUUAUUGAAUGUUAUGCAAAUAAUCCUUGUGACAGUCAACAAAGUUUAACCGCAUCUCUACAUGAACUCAGAUGUCAACAUGCUAACAUUUUUUCUUCGAAAUUGGGGCGUUGUACGUUGUUCAAAGCUGAAAUCAGAUUGAAGUCAGAUGCUAAGCCUAAAUUCUUUAAACCAUACAACCUGCCGUUUGCGAAAAGAGAAGACGUUCGCAUCGAAAUUGAUCGGUUGGUAAAUAUUGGAGUUUUGAAAGCUAUCAGAAGCAGCGUCUGGGCCGCUCCUAUAGUUGUAGUGUCAAAGCCAAAUGGAAAAUUACGUAUUUGUGCAGAUUUCAGAAUUGGUGUGAACUCGCAAAUUGAGAUUGAUAGGUAUUCAAUUCCUAGAAUUGAGGAACUUUUUUAUAAACUUCAAGGAGGACAAUUUUUCACAAAAAUUGAUCUUAGUGAAGCGUACUUGCAAGUAGAAUUGUCUGACGCAACAAAAGAAUUUCUAGUAAUUAAUACGCCAUUUGGUUUGUUCCAGUUUCAACGAUUGCCAUUCGGUAUUGCCAGUGCUCCUGGCAUAUUUCAACGUCUUAUGGAAGAAGUAACCGCUGGAAUACCGAACUGUGCAGUUUAUUUAGAUGAUAUAAUCGUAACAGGUCGAAAUAAUAAAGAACAUUUGAAUAAUGUUUUCAAAAUUUUUCAACGUUUGGAAGAAUACGGCUUGACAUGUAAAAGCGAAAAAUGUAGUUUUGCGCAAGAGCAGGUAGAUUAUGUUGGACACGUAAUCAAUGUGAAUGGAUUAAUGCCCACAGGAAAACGUGUAGAGGCAAUCAAAUUAAUGCCGCGUCCUCGUAAUAUUCAAGAAGUUGAAGCUUUCAUUGGAAAAGUUAAUUAUUAUAACAAAUUCAUUAAACAGUUUUCCAUAUUAGCUGCUCCUUUAAAUGAACUAAGGAAAAAGAAUGCUGUGUUUAAAUGGACAGCAUAUCAUGAAGAUGCUUUUCAAGCAUUGAAGAAUGCUAUGAUCAAAGCUACGGAACUCGUUCAUUAUGAUGAUAAGAAGCCUAUAGUGUUAGCAGUAGAUGCUUCUAAGUAUGGAAUAGGUGCAGUAAUUUCACAUCGUUAUGCUGAUGGUUCAGAGAAGCCAAUCGCGUAUGCUUCAAAAAAAUUAAACAGCAGCCAAGAACGCUAUUCUCAAAUCGAAAAAGAGGCAUUAGCAAUAAUUUAUGGAGUGACUAAGUUUCAUCAAUAUCUUUAUGGAAGACGUUUUGAAUUAAUAACUGAUCAUCAAGCGUUGACAACACUGUUUAAUCCGAAUAGAAAGUUGCCAGUGAUGGCGUUGCAUCGUUUACGGCGUUGGGCUAUUGUACUUCAAGCAUAUGAAUACAUUAUACGGUUCAAAAGUUCAUCUCAGAAUGCUAACGCUGAUGCUCUUUCCAGAUUGCCGUGUGGGGAUGACAUACAAUUUGAUAGAAAGGAAGUUGUGAUGUUAGAUGAUGUCGAUACUGUUUAUCAAAAUGCUGUGGAUUAUCUUCCAGUAAAUGCAACAUAA